AUGGCUGAUAUUUCCUCUCCAUCGAGCUCCAACUCACGUUUGCAACUGAAUAAUGAGCAGCUGCAAUAUCUCUUCAAUAAAAUGUCGAGUGAUGAGCAAAAAGAGCUUACGGAUAUCAUGAAAAACUGUACCACCGAGGUUUAGUUCUUAAUUCAGAGUUAUGUAUUUGAUAAAAUGAAGAUGGCGACGACUCGAGGGCUCCCUGCGACAGCCCUCGUUCUGGGCUCCUUGUACUUUGCUCGAACCCGUUUGCCGCCACAAUACCAGUUCGGACCGAAAGGCUGGCCUUUCUACGUGAUUAUGGGUAUUGGGUAUGUAUGAGAGAAGAGAGAAAUCCAUCCGCUAAUCGGCUCAAAGGUCGAUGACUGUCGCCAACUUGUUCUCUAUGGGAACUUGUCGUGAUCGUGUCCAGCCGAAAGUUGCAGAAUUAUGGGAAAAGGUUUCAAAAUCCUUGAUAUAACUGUAUGAUAUGCAAUUUCAGUACAAGUUGAGCAAAUCCAGAGUGAACUAUGACGACCUCCGCAGACAAAAUCGCCAGACUGCAGAAAAUGCGAACACAACGGUAAGCGGAUUUGAACUUCGUGAUUCAGAUAUUUUUGCAGCAUAUUCCAACUUCCCGCGUGUACGAUCCCUAUUCAACUCCGAUCCCUGAAGUUGCUGAGGUGAGGGGUCCAGCACAACUGAGUCAUGAAGCUCCUGUCAUGAAAGAUUCAUACGCGGCAGCUUUCGCCUCCAACCCAUACAGUUUCGACAUGACAGGUAUUUCGAGCAUUUGCGCAGGUCUCAAGCGGUAGUUUCUAGGAGGAGCGCCUGCUGACUCUGGAAAAUAUGGAGGAUCCUCCGGUUAUUCCUAUCCGAAUGAUGGAGAAGCUUACAUGUCCGGCACUCCGUCGGGACACAAUCGCGACAGAUCUUAUUCUUAG